AUGGAAUCUUUACCAAUCUUCAGUGGUGCCAACAUGUCCAACAUCACCGGAUCCAAACACCUUGAUGGCGGUCACGUGGACACCGCGUGCGAUCUACCGGUGAACGUGUUCACCGCCGUUGACCUCUUUCUCAACGGGGUCAUCAUGACCGUCCUCUGCACCUUAGGAACUAUCGGCAGCGGCGCCAUCUUGUUGACCUACUCUCGCUACGGGUUCAGAGAUUCCUCUACCGUGGCUCUUAGCGGUCUGGCCUUAUCGGAUCUGUUCUUCUCGCUCUUUCAAAGCGCCUUGCAGGUCCUCCACGUUUACGAAACGAUCAACCUCGGUGUUACUGUAUACAGCUCCUACUCCAUCUUCCCAUGGAAUCAAUUUUCUCUAACUAUCAGUAUGUUAAUCGUAGCGACCCUUGCUUUUUUUAACAUCGCCGCCGUGAUGAAAGGGAAAAGACUCAGCAAAAUGAUGAAACCUUUCCGAAUGUUUCUGAUGGUGGUCGGUGUCUUCGGUGCCAUGGUUCUGUUUCUACUUCCCCUGCAAGUUCUGGCAGCGUUGGAUAUACUCCCACUCAAUAUAAGGAGUUCAGCUCGGGAUAUCUGCAAGAACAGCGAUUUGAUAAACCGCAUCUACAUGCAGGUGUCUUUACUUGUCGGCCUGUCUUACCUACCCGUCUUAGUGAUGAUUACUUGCAGCGUCAUGAUCGUUGUUAAACUCGUCUUAAAGAAAAGAAGAAACACAACUUGUUACGACGAUGUGGAAGAAAAUCAAGAAAUUUUAAAUUUUAAAAUCCUCCUAAUUCUCUGCCUCACCACAACAAUUUUGGUUGUUUCCCCUGCUAUGGUGUUCGAGGUUAUGUACCCUUAUCUCAUACACCGUUUCUCUUGCCGACUAAUUCGCCUGUGUAUUACCAUCCUGCAGAUUAGCUUUCAAGCAAAUGCUUCCAAUCGAUUUCUCAUCUACGUGUCGUUGAAUCCAAAGUUCAAAUCGGUUUUUGAUAAUCGUUUCCGUAGGUUUAGAAACAACCAUGACGGUGCUUUAAUCCAUUAA